AUGCUCUUGAAAUUGGCUGUUUUGGUGAUGCUCUUCACCACGGCUGAACUCAGCAGAUACAAAUGCCCAUUCAGAAAUGAGCUCAGCAGAAGUGGCAAAGGAUACUGUGAAAGAAAAAUGGACUACAUCAAAUAUCUCGAUGAUCAUCCCGAACAACACUUCAGUCGCCCUGAUGUUGAACUUGAAAGACAACUCGAGAUUUCGGAAUAUGAUAAAGUGAGUCAAGCCUAAAAAGUUCAAGCCUAGCCGCAUUAUUUUUCAGUAUCAUUUUUGCUGCUACGAACAACUAUGCCUUGAACAAUGCGGUAUAGAUAUCACAGAAGUUUUUACGAGCAAAGUUGGAGCCAUGUUUCCAGGAUAUGUUGGAAAAAUUGUUGAAAGUUAUCCUAAGUUCUUCGCGGUGAGUUAAAAGAGAGCCCAGAAAACCUAAAGAAAUUAUAUAUUUUCAGCACAUCAAUGCUUCUGAAAUCGAUGUUUUGGAAAGUGGAAAAGCUUCAAGUUUACUCAUCGAAAAAUGGCUUGUGUACUUGACUCAUUUGAACAAAAAUCUCGCCAAGAGCUCCAAAAACAAGGAUUCUGAUUCAUAUUUUUUCUGAGAAAAACCUCUUCUGAAUUUUCCCCUCAAAAAUAUGUACCUUUUUUCUUGAUUUCCUCUAACUUCUUUUUGAUAUACUUCAAUUGUUCCUAGGAACCCUUUUCUUUGUUCGUUGAAAAUGUGUUUUUUUUCGAAUAAAUCUGUUAACAAAAAAAUGUCUUCAGAAGUUUUAAAGAAAAAUUUUCAGAUUGGAUUUUCAGAGCUUUAGAACUUCAUCUCACAAAUUUCAGAAGAUUAAAAAACAUUUGGAAAAAUUUUUUUCAGCUUUUUAAAAAAUUUUCUGGGAAAAAUCGUCAUUUUUUUUUUAAAUUUUAGAUAAAAUCUAGGAAUUUUUAAAAUUUCACUAAAAAUAAUUUUUGCCGAUUUUCAGAAUCUUUUCCAGCCUUAAAUCUAGGCUCACAGGAAUUUACGGUGCAAUUUUUUUUGGCAAAAAUUGGAAGAUUCAAAUAUGAUUUUCAAAAUUUUGUUGAAUUUCUGAGAUCCAGAAUUUUAUAUUUUUAGGCUUCCUAUCAAAAAUUCUGAAUUUCAGCACAAAACCAAGGAAAAAUCAAUAAAUCUUCAAAAACCCCCUUUGUUUGGUAUCAAAAUGGUCCAAAUCCCCUGAUUUUUCUGAAAAUCAAAGCUUCAUUUCACAUUCUAUGUACAGUAACCCAAAUUCUCCUACAGUUCUUGAAUAUCUCAAAAAUUGCACUCUAUUAUCCAUAUUUUUCUAGGCGGAGCUUGGGUUAUUUUUUGUGGGCGGAGUCAUAUAAAAACCCCGAGCUCUUCACAAUUUUUAUUUUUUUUUCUCAAAAAAAAAAUUCUCCUGCAUCUCUAGCCUCUCUAGCAUCUUUAACUCUCUAACUUUUAGGUAAUGAUUUCGAAAUUGGGAAUUUGUGUGUUUGUCUUGGUCUUCUUCGGAGCCGGAGCUGAAAUCUGGUGCCCCUUCAAAAGUGCCUUCAACAGAUGGAACUGUGAGAGAUCGUCGGAAGACCUCAGAUAUUUUGCUGAACAUCCAGAACAACGCGUCUGUAGGCCCGAUGUUGAUAAUUAUUCCGAUCCUCAUUAUGAUAAAAACGCGACAGCUGAGGAGAUAGACAGAGCAUUGUCUUACGGCAGUUUGGUGAGUUUUCAGAAAGCCCAGGAAGCCUUAAGAGCUCUAAUAAUAUCAUUUUUUAGUGCUGGGGUUGUUGCUACGAAAUGAUGUGCCUUAAAGAAUGCGGUAUAAAUUUACAAGAGGAAGUUGACAAGAGCAAAUUCUCAGAACUUUUCCCUGCCCAUGUUGGAAUUAUCGUUGAAAAUCAUCCCAAAUUUUUUGUCGUGAGUUAGAGAGCUCCUAAAAAGACCCAAAGAAAUUGUAUAUUUUCAGUACAUCAAUUCCUCUGAAAUCGCAGUUUUGGAAAGUGGAAAUGCCUCAGAUGUUCUGCUCGAAAAAUGGUCCGUGUAUAUUGCACAUUUGAACAAGGAACUCGCCACAAACACCAGUAAACAAGGAUUCUAA